AUGGAAGAAGGCAACACAGCCAAAACCCCUGUCACACAUCUUGAAAAUGUGCCAUCGCAGGAAACCUCAGUUGAUCCAGCCGAGAUGGGAUUGUGGCUGAACCUAAAGAAGCACCCGAAGGUGGCAGCAUACUGUUUCGCCUUGACCACUGUGAUCUUGCUUUGGGGCUAUGACAUGGGAAUGACUGGCAAUUUGGCAUCACUCCCAGAGUUCCAAAAGGUUUAUGGGGUCUGGAGGGAUGACGAAUGGAUCAUUGAGUCUCGAUGGAUGGGUGCUUGGAACGCAGGUAGCCCGAUCGGCAUCAUGCUUGGUUCACUUGCUGGCGGUGCGAUUCAAGACCGUUGGGGCCGCCGCGCCUCUCUAGGUAUUGGAAGUGUCACUUCUGUUCUUGGGGUGGCCGUUGUCUGGUGCUCACAGUAUGCAAAUGGCAGCCGACACGGAGUGUUCUUGCUGGGCAAGAUCUGUCAGGGCGUCACUAUCGGGAUCGCCGUUUGUACAGCCCAAACCUACAUGUCAGAGGUUCUCCCGCCAGCGAUUCGAGCGCCUCUCGUUGCGUUCUUUCCGGUCUUUCAACUUGUGGGCCAAUUGGUCGGCGCUGGCAUUACGUUCUCAGCAGAGGACAUAGAGGGGCCAGACUCUUAUCGCAUCUGCAUCAUCUCCGAAUUCCCGUUCUCAGCACUGCCAAUCCUCUUAUCACUGUUGAUCCCGGAGAGUCCAAUAUAUCUGGUUCGAAAGGGACGUCUGGAGGAAGCUCACAAGCAACAAAAGCGUCUCGAUAAGGCCAAUGUUGACUCGAGGGCUAAAAUCGAACGUAUCCAGGCUUUGAUCUUGCACGAGCAGGAAGCGGCCAAAUCGGAUCGCUCUAGGUAUGCCGAUUGUUUCCGAGGGACAGAUCGCCGUCGAACCGUUAUUGUCCUGUUCUCCGCUGUUCUACCGCAGCUUUUCGGCCUUCCUAUUCUCGGCGAUGGUCCAUACUUUUUGCAGAUCGCUGGCAUGGAAGCUAGCAAUAGUCUUAUCUUCCUGAUUGCUGGUUCGGUCGGCGGCUUGCUUGCAACCUUGAUUAGCAUGUCGCUUUUUACUAGGAUAGGGAGACGCAGGCUUAUGAUUCUCACUCUGGCUCCUGUGGUUGUCCUCUGGCUUGCAAUGGGUGUCGCAGGAUGUUUCGACUCCAAAGUCGUUCCAUGGAUUGUUGGAGUUAUCCUGAACAUCAUCUGCUUCAUCGCAGGUCUAGGGGUUUGGCCAGGGUCUUAUGUCGUUGGAGGCGAGAUUUCAUCUCUGCGCCUCCGUGCGAAGAGUCAAGGUCUCGGCUGGGCAGUUGGAGGCAUAGGCAACUUUGUCUUCAGUACUAUCACACCCUUCAUCUAUAAUGCCGACUCUGGAAAUCUUCGAUCCAAAAUUGGCUUCGUCUGGUUAGGUAUCUCUGGGCUGAGCUUUUUGGCUUUGUGGUUCCUCGUUCCGGAAACCUACGGUCGCACCCCUUAUCAGCUUGAUUUGAUGUUUGAGCAGAAACUUCCAACAAGGAAAUUCCGUCACUGGACUCCGGAUGUCAAUAGCGAGAUGGACCGCAUUGAAGUCCACGAGGAGAAGCCAUGA